CGUAUUCACAUCGGUGGGGAUAAACACGGAUGGGGAGGACUUUAGGCUCAGUGAUGUUAAAUGACGAACCGUGCUUUCCGCGCAUGUGUAUGAAACGUCCCAAGAAGUGCCUAUCAAAAAGAUGUGCAACAGACACAACGGUUUCAUCAGCUCAGCGAACGUUUAUGAUCGCAGCAAGAGACGCAAGUCUAAUUAUAUACCAUCAUUUGUCCUUAUUUCGCACUCGGUAAAGAAAAGGAUAAUAGAUUAUGUAACUAGAGAGCAACUUGUGUUGACUUGUAUCUCUUGCUCGAAAGCAACUUGUAUUACAAAUCGAGACAAGUUAAUAUUAACAUGUCUCAAUACUUAUAUCGAAUGAUAAUAAAUGUUGCUAUUGAAAAAAAAAAACUGAGAGAAAAAUUGAAAAUCAUGACUGAGUCUAUUAAACUGUCGCAUUUGUAUUCUGUCUUUUCCUAAAACUUGAUCUGCGAUGUGCUCUUUGCUUGUUUUGUUUCUUGCUGUUUUUCUUCUGUGAAAACUUCUAUUUACUUAUAGAAGAGAGAGAGAGAGAGAGAGAGAGCAAAUAACAAGACGCAAAGAACACAUUGUAGAUCAGACUUAAGAGAGGUACUUUCCUGAGAGAGUAUUCCGUCGUGAGCAUGCGCGAAAGCGCCUGUUCUUGAUUAUAUGGUGGGACUACUAACAUCACUGGCCGGGGUUAUCCGGCUUGUCUGACAUAUCACUGAGAUUUCAGUGAGAAUUUACAUCUCAUCGAGUUUGCACCAUGGACGACACGUUUCUGACAAUCAUCUGGCUGCUUGUGUCAGCACUGUCCCAGACGACGUUGCAGAUGACACUUCAUCGCCAAUUCGCUGAGAGCCGGCAAGCCGAUCAUGACACCUCGCAUGAUGCCAGAUACAAAUACCAGAUCAAAACCUUCGACGUGCGCGUAGAUCACUUUAGCUUUGCUAUAGAAGAUACCUUUCAAUUAAGAUAUCUUAUAAAUGAUACUUGGGGAAAAGAAAAGAAUGCUCCUAUAUUCUUCUACACUGGGAAUGAAGGCAGAAUCGAAGUUUUUGCCGAAAAUACGGGCUUCUUAUGGGAAACUGCUCCGCAAUUCGGCGCACUGGUGGUUUUUGCUGAGCACCGUUACUACGGUGAAUCGUUGCCCUAUGGCAACAAGUCCUUCACUGAUCCGCGACAUCUCGGGUAUCUCACAUCUCAGCAAGCUCUGGCCGAUUACGUGGAGCUUAUUCAGCACCUAAAGUCGAGGCCGGAAUACAAUUAUAGUCCGGUAAUAGUUUUCGGCGGAUCGUACGGUGGUAUGCUCAGUGCUUGGAUGCGUAUGAAAUAUCCUAACAUUGUUCAGGGCGCGAUUGCAGCAUCCGCUCCGAUUCUGCAAUUCACCGACGUCGUGGCGUGUGAAGCGUUUGCCCGGAUAGUAACGUCGGACUUUCGCGCUUCGAGUCCAACGUGUGCCAAGCUCAUUCAGCAUGCAUGGGGCGCGAUAACCGAAGUGACAUCGAACGACGAGGGCAAAAAGUGGUUGUCGGACAACUGGAAGUUGUGCGAACCGCUGAAGACUGCGGAGCACGUAGAAACGCUAAAAGAUUUUUUACAGGAAGUCUACACGGACCUGGCCAUGGUUAAUUAUCCGUACGAGACUGAUUUCUUAACGCCGCUACCAGGCCACCCGAUUAACGUCUUUUGUCGGCACUUGACGAACUCGUCGUUGACGGGAAAGCCGCUGUUAUCGGCGCUCCACGGAGCUAUCAGUAUUUACACGAACUAUACCGGUAAAGCAACUUGCAUGUCCAUAAAGGACGCGGAGCCGGGCUUGGACGCCCAAGGAUGGGACUAUCAGGCGUGCACGGAAAUGGUGAUGCCAAUGUGUUCCGACGGUAUCAACGACAUGUUCGAGCCGUCAGAAUGGAGCUUCAAGGAUUACAAUAAUACUUGCUUCAAGAAAUAUUCCGUGUCCCCGCGGCCUAACCAAAUUUGUGAGCAAUACGGCUGCAAAAAUCUCACUACCGCCACAAAUAUCAAUUUCAGCAACGGAUUGAUGGAUCCGUGGGCGAGCGGAGGUGUGCUGCGCAACUUGUCUUCGUCAGCGAUAGCCAUAUUAAUUCCAGACGCCGCGCAUCAUCUCGAUUUGCGGGAGAGCAACAGCAACGAUCCAUACGACGUAAUCCUCACGCGCAAGUUCCAUCGGUACACCAUCAAGAAGUGGAUCGACGAAUAUCGCUAGAAUGACACUUUAUCACUUCAGGUGAUAAAAGAGAUUCUUGGAAUUUUACCGAGAACAAUUAUCGCACGCCCAUCUCUCGAAAUUCUCCUUUAUUUUGCAAAAAUUAUAAAUACAAGAACAAGUACGCGUACACAUCGCGAGAACAAUAAAUACUUAGCACUGUCGUGCGGCUACUUGCAAAAUUAAAUAAAGCAUCGACAAAGCUCGUUCGAAAACAUACGCGAAGAUGUUCCGAUAUCACAGUAAAUAAUAAUAAAUACGCGCGUCAGGCGUUGUAUAAAAGAUUCGACCAAGUGUAAAGUGCUCUUGCAGAACAACACGAGAGUCUGAAGGACAUAUCGAAACGUAUAUCGGAACGAUCAGACUGUCUUUCAGACGUCCUUGUUGUUUGGAUGUUUCAUGUACGAAUAUAAUUCCACUAGAGCGCGUAAAAAUUGUCGUUUCUUCAAAUGAGGACUCGCAAAACGCCAUUAUCGAGAUCACUUAAUACUAAUACUUGACACUAAUUGUAUGUGCUGUAUUAUUUUCCCUAGUUUAUUUCUUUAGCGUAUUUAAUUUUAUGCGACGAAGAAGAAAUCAUACGUUGGACGUGAGCGAACAAAAUUACCAAAGACAUACGCAUUUCUAUAUAUAGGGAAAGCUCUUUUCUUAAGAAUAUCGUAUCUUUAACUGAAUUUAUAAACAUGUUAUUAAUUUGUCAUGUGAUGUGAUAUACUGAUUCUUUCGAAUUGUCGAAUUCGUUUCUUUUCCACAGGUACAGCAUAGUUUUCAUUUUCCCAACGGGCUUAUACAUAUACAUAGUUUUCCACGUCAAUAACGGUCUUUCUCGCAUAUUAUUGUUAACACGAAAAUGUGUAUCUCUAGUUAUUUAAAUACACAAUCUGAAUUUGUGUCGAGGUGCUAAUAGUUUUAUAUAUAUUAUAUAUAAAUUAAGAAAAAAAAGAGUUGCUUUGUUACUUGUAGGUAAAAUACUUGUGUACCUCUCAUGACGUGUUCUAAAUGCGAAAGGAAUGCGUUUAAGGUUUUAGUUUUAGGUACGUCUACUGUAUCUACAUCUCGUAACGAAUAUCUAAACCAGUGUCUGAGUGCAUCAACCAUCGGCUUCCCUGCCUACCGAGUCCAUGUUAAACUGCAUCUUCAAUUGAUCGAAUGCGAUGUACGCGGUCACGCACGUUCUCGACACAUUCGUCCGUAUAAAAAAAAAUGUCAAAAUCUUAAAAAUAUAUAUGCGUUGCAAAAAUCA